UCCGGGAGGCAGCACGCGGAGGUUUUAUGCGUGCGCGUGACCUCUUUUGCCUGGAAAAGUAUCGCGCGUCAACCCGGUCUUCUCGCGGCUUUAUAAUCUUUUAUUUUUCCAUUCUGGGUGGCGGAAGGGGGAAAAGUUGCAGACGUUCGCUUGCAGACAGCUCCGUUUUGGUCUGCUCGCGGAAAUAAAACGUCUGCAACGUCUGCGAAUCUAAGGACGAGCAAAGGAACUCCUGCUUUGGGGGAUGUUGCAAAGAUUUUCCUUGGUUCACAUAGUCGGUGGGUGGCCCUUGGAAACACCUUAUUUUAACAUUCGGGCUAUAAAUACUGCUCUACGAUCGAGACGGAGCGAAAGACUGCGGAGGACACCAGGACGCACGCGGAGCCGGUUAAUCGCCUUAGCCACUCCUUGCCGCAGAGGCUUUCUUACGCUGAACCUGCACUGUACCUAAUAUUUGAGAAAGAAAAUUGGAGAAAUAUCACUGAAUCCUUGGGAGAAUAUUUACAGAAAAGGAAAACAGUAGUGGGUUUUCUUUUUGGAAAAUAAACUUAUCUGCUUGGCAGCAGUUUUUCUCACUGAUUGCAUCUUAACAGCUUGAGCUCUCUUAAGGCACUUCUCUCCUGCUUCCAUCACAGUUGAACAAUUUGCUUGCUCACAGUGCACCUUACCCAGCAAUCAAGAUGAUGCAGAUCUGUGACUCUUACAGCCAAAAACAUUCCCUCUUCAAUGCAAUGAAUCGCUUCAUUGGAGCUGUUAACAACAUGGACCAAACAGUGAUGGUGCCCAGUCUUCUUCGGGAUGUGCCUCUCAUGCUGGAUGAACUGGAUUCAGGGGGUGGUUGUGGAGAAACGGAGCCCCAGUUGACCCCCAAUGGCAGUACCUAUUGUUCUUGUAGAGAUAUGUAUAGUCACUAUAUGUUGCUCAAAUCCAUUCGCAAUGACAUUGAAUGGGGUGUAUUACAACAGGCAAAUGAGGAAACCACUGGAAGGAAGAAGGAUAAGCUGAAUGGGAGCUCUGGUGCCAUGGACAUAAGCCGAGGAAUCCCUGAAGAUGAGGAGGUGGAGGAGGAUUUAGAGAAGCAAUUUCAUUAUCACCUGAGUGGGCUUCACACUGUGCUCUCCAAACUUACCCGCAAGGCCAAUGUACUUACCAACCGCUACAAGCAGGAGAUUGGAGUCAACAACUGGGGGCACUGAAUCAGGGAGGGGGAAAGCACUGCCUGCCUGUUCUGGUGAGAAAAAAAAAACAGAAAUAGGGGAAAUAGGUAUUUGGAAAGGGCUAAGGCAGAAUGCAAGCAAGAAUAGUGUGUGUGUGUGUGAGAGAGAGAGAGAGAAGGGGGGAUUUAAAAAUUGGAGUAUAUCAAGUAGUAAGCUUAGGGUGCAGUAUAAAAUUUUGUGUCUUGGAGACAAGAAUACAAAGAUAAAGUGAAAGGGACUUUUUAUUUUAGAAUUUUACUGUUUACUAUAACCUUUUAGGGAGGCGGAGUGAUAAAUUUCUGCCUCAACUAGCAGGCAUAAUUAGGCAGCCAAGUAUAAAGUUUCCAGAUUCUGAGGACUCAGAAUGAUGUAUAAUGGCCAUGGCUAAUUACUGAAAGAGUUUGUUGUAAUUCUUGGGAAACUGCACAAGUGCAUGUGGUGGUGGCAAUUGUAAAGAUGAUUGUAUCACUUCUUUCCUGAUUUUGCACUAAUUUUGUAACAAAUAUAUGUGUGGAUAUAUGUAAGAACCUAUGAAUUCUCUGCAUGCUUUCAGAAUUGUAGACAUCUUUUUAAUAACACACAAAAAUUAUAUUAACACUAGUUAAAUAUGUUUUUAAAUAUACAGGGUGAACAGUUAUUAUUCAUCUUUAGAUUCAACACUUACCUUUCCAUAUUGCAUAGAAUUGGUUGAGAUGAAACUGCAAGUAUGCGACGUAAAUUAUUUUUGCAGUGGAUAGAGCCAGUUAAUGUCCACCCAUAUUUCAGUGGAGAGUAAAACCAAUUACUUAAUGUGCACUCAUUUCACUGGAAAGAUAGGGUUCCAUUAUUGUUCAUGUAUUGAAGAUUAUUUAAACUUUUUAUUCAGAUGUGGAAUAUAUUCUAAAAUAAGAUAUAUUGACUAAAGUUGAUGUAUGUUUGUAUACUAUGGCUCCACUUGAAUUAAAUGCUAAUGUUUACAGUACAGGGACUCUAGGUAUUCUUUACAAGAGAAAUUACUCUUUGUUUUAAUCAAUUUAUUCAAAUUUAUUGUAGGAGCAGUAUUCUCUGUUCACAGCUCUUAUUCCAUGGAUCAGCUCAUCCAUGGAAUUGCAUUAUAUUCCAAAUUAGAUUGUUUAAUUUAUGUAUAUGCUGACUUUCUUUGAUUAAAUUCAAAGCAAAUAGGGUUUCUCAGGGCUUUUUCUAUCAAAGCAUUACAUUUUCAGACCUUCCACAAAGUGUCUUCCACCUAUCCUCUGUUCUGUAUCAGACAGCACUUCUUAGAACUCAUUUAUGUCCAAGAAAUCAUCUGUUUAUUGGUGCUGUUGACUUUUUUUAAGGUAAACACUCAACUCCUGUUUCUUGAUGUAGAAUGAAAGUGGCUUGUCAUCUUAUUCUAAGAUGUUUUUCAGACUACCUAAUCAGUCCUACGCACUUGAAAUGUAUUUCUGGUUUUCUAUCUGCAUACUAGUUAGAUUCAACCUUGCUUAGGUUUCUGAGCACAGGCAAAGUAGGUCAGAUAUUGUAAUUUGUAAAUGAAUACCCAUUUUGUAGUAAAUCAAAGCAAGAUUAAAAUUAUUUACCUUUUAUUAUUCAAGAUAUACAAGAUUAUCUUUCCAUAUAACAUAGUUUUCCAUAUAGUAUAUAUUCUAAAGUUGAUUAUUUAAAAAGGUAUCCAAUUUACUUAAUACAUACUCAAAUUUACAUUGCCAAAAUUGUGCUUGCUAUAAACGUAGGUUUAUCAGAUAUAAUUUAUUUUACAACCAACAGUUAUUUGAGUUUAAAUUAAGAUUUUGAAUAUUGUCUUUGAAAUAAUUGUAAUACUGAAACAAUAGGCAUAGUUAUUUUUCCUUCUAUCUAGACUUAUAACCAGGCCAGAGUAAUUAUAUUAAGAUCCUGACUAAUCCAUAAUCAUCUUAUACCUUCUUUAUACAAUAGGCUUAUUGAUUGGUCCUUUCAAGGCUACCUUUAAAUUGCGAUUUUUAAACCAUGCAAUGUUAAAUGUAGAGAGAGAAGGACCCUUCAAGAUGCAGUUAUAGCCUUUAACUUGUUUAAAAUGCGGUACUAUUGCAUAUGUACUGCCCUGGAUUUUGUUGUCAAUGGCAGCAAAAAGAUGGAUAAAAUCUGUCAAACUAAGCAAGAGGUUUUGUGGAUUUUUUUUAGAAGAGUCUUUCUAGUUUACUUUAAAAAUAAAAUGGCAUAAAAUGAAAUUUAGAUU